GAUUUUUAAUGUGUAACUUGUCUUUACAACCAAAAGGUGGCACCCCAGCCAUCACUUGGUCCGAAAUCCCUUCAGUUUAUUGACACCUACGAUUUUCUUCGUGAUGGUGUUGAUUUUUUUUUCCCCCCAGACGAAUUUCAACGCACUAUUAUCAUAUCUCUUCAAAGUAAAAUUCUGUGAUAAGAAUGAACAUGUGGCGUGCGUGCUCUUAAAUUCCCAAUGUGAUUGCUCAAACUGGCGGUUACAUUUUGACCAUUGAGGUGGCAUCGUGACGACAACGCCAACUUUCAUCACAAUAUGUCAGCAGUGCAUUUCAUCACAGCGCAAAAAAAAGCCAUAGUUGGGGUAAGCAUCAAUCCUCACAGUGUAUGCAACAGGUAUUUGAACACAAACACUGCGACAAUACAUCUAGACAACAGGUGUCAAACUCAAGGCUCGGGGGCCAGAUCUGGCCCGCAAUGUGAGUUUAUGUGGCCCGUGACGGCAAAUCUAAUGUGUCAACUUCCAUGAUUCGUGUGAAAAUCUGGACAAAAGAUUUAAAAUUGUCAUCUAUCAUAAAUGAUAACGGUGAUAUAUUACAAGCAUUUAUGUGUUACCAAACAUGAAUACUUGAAAACCCCACACCCCUUGAUUUCUGAUUCCAAAACAAGCUCAUAAAUUUAGUGUGUAAUAGGAUGAGGCGAUGAAACAGUUUUAUGGUUUCACAGUCAUAACAGCCCUCUGAGGGAAACCAGAACUACAAUGUGGCCCGCGACAAAAAAUUGUUUUGACACCCCUGAUCUAGACAGACAAGUAGAUUCAAUAAAAAACUACUGUACGGUAAAAUAGUCAAAUGUUGUGCCUAUAUUUCAUCUAUUUGCUAUUGUUGCAUUUGGGACCAACAUUAUAAUUCAUUAAUUUUUUAAAUUCAAUCACUGAUGGUUUAGUGGUACACACGCCUGCCUUUGAUGCAGACACCGUGGGAUCCAUUCCCACUCGUUGAUGGGGUCGAUAUCUGCCCUGCGACUGUCUGGCGACCAGUUCGGGGUGUUGUCUGCCUUCGCCUGACGUUAGCUGUGAUAGGCUCCAGCUCUCUCCUCGGAUAAAUGCAGAGGGGUUGCGUCUGGAAGGGCAUCCGGGGUAAAAACUGUGCUAAACAAAUAUGAGUAUUCAUCUGAGAUGACACGCUGUGGCGACCCCUAACGGGACAAGCUGAAAGACAUGCAUACAUUCUUUUAAAUUCGAUUUCAGAUUUUUUUUUCUUCCAAAUAUCAGCAUCGUCUUAAAAACAACAAGAACAAAAUCCCUAUCGCUUGGCCCGACUUUAAAUGGUGUCAGGUGUCUGCUGGCUCCAAUUUAAUAUGAGUUUGAUAUGAAUUCUUAAUUCUGCCCACAGCCACGUCCAAUUUAUCAGGGGGUGUGCACACUUUCGCUACCAUAUUAUCUCUGUUCUUUAUUUUUACUUCCCCUUAUAAAAGACUGAUGGGGAAAAAAAUCAACAGAGCAACAGGUUGUUGUUCACAAUGGUGUGAAAAGUUUGGCAAUGAUUUAUCCUUGUCUAGUUUUUUUUUAAAUAAGAUAAACAUUGCAUUUAAACAGGGGUGUAUGGACUUUUUAUAUCCACCAUAUUUACCUGUCUACAGUAUCUUUCCCUGCUUUGUUUCGCCGAGAACAGGAAGUUGCAGAUGUUGCUGCUGGAACAUGACGUGCUAUGACAAAAAAAAAAAAAAAAAAAAAAAAAAAGACAACCUGUGGCAGCUCAUCGUGUUCCUGCUUCACGUCACGCAAUCAAGGGUUUUAUCUUGAAGGUCUGAUUUCCUCUUCGGAUGGAGGCUUGAGAUGGAGGAGAGGAAGCAGCGGGGUUCAUGCGCGUCAGUCAUUCAAGUCAUUCACUUUGUAGACUUUAUGCUGACACAGCAUCCACACAAGCUCACGCCGCUAUUUGAUUUUGUUCAUUUGCACAUUUAUUUUGGUUGAGCUCAUGACUGACAGCCAAAUGGUUUUGUCAGACUUCACAGCGGACGAAAAGUUGGAGCUGGAGAGGAUCAAGAGGUACAAGAAAGGACUUCUGGAUGACAUCCAGAAACUGAAGGUGGAUAUCGACAGUGUCAUGGCCGAGAUUCUCAGCUUCGAGUUGGCUGAGACUGAGGAAAGCAGAAGCAAGGAAAGGAAACAGUUCUCCAAUGGGAAGAAGAAGUUUAACAUGGACCCCAAGAAGGGUAUCAAUUACCUGGUGGAACACAAGCUGCUGGAGAGGAACGCCGGCUGCAUCGCUGAGUUCCUCUACAAAGAGGAGGGCCUCAACAAGACGGCCAUCGGGGAGUUCCUGGGCGAAAGAGACGAACUCCACCUGCAGACCUUAAAGGCCUUUGUGGAACUUCACGAGUUCUCCGACCUCAACCUGGUCCAGGCCCUCAGACAGUUCCUGUGGAGUUUCCGUCUCCCCGGCGAGGCCCAGAAGAUCGACCGUAUGAUGGAGGCCUUCGCCGCUCGAUACUGCGACUGCAACGCUAACGUCUUCCAAUCCACCGACACGUGCUACAUCCUGUCAUUCGCCAUCAUCAUGUUGAACACCAGCCUGCACAACCCCAACGUGAAGAGCAAGACCACGCUGGACGGAUUCAUGUCCAUGAACAGAGGAAUCAACAAUGGCCACGACCUGCCCGCAGAUUUGCUCUCGAAACUGUACGAGAGCAUUCGCAAUGAGCCAUUCAAAAUUCCAGAGGACGACGGCAACGACCUCACGCACACGUUCUUCAACCCCGACAGAGAAGGAUGGCUUCUUAAACUCGGAGGUCGAGUGAAGACGUGGAAGAGGCGAUGGUUCAUCCUGACUGACAACUGUCUCUACUACUUUGAGUUCACCACUGACAAGGAGCCCAGAGGCAUCAUCCCUCUGGAGAAUCUGUGCGUCAGAGAAGUUCCCUUCCCGCGCAAACCUUACUGUCUGGAGCUGUACAAUCCCAACAGCCGGGGCCAGAAGAUCAAGGCGUGCAAGACGGAGACGGACGGCCGCGUGGUGGAAGGCAAACAUCAGUCGUACGCCAUCUGCGCUGCCAGCGCCCAUGAGAGGGACUCCUGGAUCGAUGCCAUCAGGGCGAGCAUCACCAAGGACCCCUUCUAUGACCUGGUCUCCCAGCGCAAAAAGAAGCUGAUCAAGCAGAACCAGAGCCAGCAGGACUGAAGCGGACUCAGGUCCACAAAACGGACACGCCGGCAAAGACUUAGCCUCAAGAUGAAGGAGCUUCCUCUUUGUUCUUUGAGCCUGACGGGAGCAGGUCCGAGUGGACGGCGCCGUGCCCAGUCUCGUGCCAGGACACCCCAAGUUGCUUCUUAGCCAUGGAAGAACUGGACUGCCUUGGGUGGGCAUUUGGUGCCGUUCAGACCGGAAGCCAUUUUGGCUGUGCUGGUGGAAUUUGUUCAUUAAAUUAAGGAUAAUUUACAAUAAAAUUCCCCAGGUGAUUAAAAAACAUUCCAUUUGCAAUAUUUGGUGAAUUUCUACAUCGGGCUGCAUACCUUGAAUGGAUUAAACGUAGCGCCAUUUAGUGAAUGGCGUACAUGUCAAAGACAUUUUUAUAGCAUGCUUUGAAUGCCAUAAAAGUAGAGCUCGAUUAACAAGAGGAAUUAUUUAAUUAGGCUCCAAAAGUACAGUAGACACCCUGUAAAAUAUAAACUCUACAGCAUUUUCUGUGGAACCUCGGUGACAAUUGAAGGACCUCUUUCAGGGUUAAACUAUUCAUCACUUCCUUUUCGUCACUGCAAGCAGCUGGGACAUUUUUACUGUGCUUCUGCUUUUCUUUAACCCACAUCUUCUCAAGAAAUGUAUUUUUGAUAUACUGUAUAUAUGUAGUUCCUAGGUUUGCGUUAUCGUAUGACAGGUGCACGUCAUGUAUCUUGUUUUUGCAUUAUCACUUCCUGUUGUCCCUCAAUUUUAAUUCAGCUAUAGAUUUGUAACUACGGAAAACAUGUUUUUUAAUGUAAAGAAGU